AUGUCCGAUCCAGGAGAAGAAAAACACCGGCAGACUUUCUCUGCAAAGUCAAAGGAUCAAACUGAUCUAUCACCAACAGACUCAUUGCUGAUGAUGGAUAUCGAUGUCGACGGUUCUUGGACCUUUGAUCAGUUAUUUUCUUUAAAUCCUACUUCGCCGUGCCUUAUCCCCAACUCCGACCAGCCUUGUUCUCCUCUGUGGGCUUUUUCCGACGAUAACGAUGGCAAAACCGUUGGUAAUAUUGAUGCUGUGACUGAAAACCCAUAUGGGAUUGAUGAUAAAAGAAGGCCGCCCCUUGAAUUGAUGCCCCUAGAUUAUCCCGAUGGGUCUUGUGUCAUUAAGGAAAAGAUGAUUCAAGCACUUCGGUACUUCAAAGAUUCGACCAACCAACAUGUUCUAGCGCAAGUUUGGGCACCUGUGAAGAAUGAUGGUCAGUAUGUACUCACAACUUUAGGGCAACCCUUUGUUCUUGACUCGGAUAGUAAUGGGCUUCAUCAGUAUAGAAUGACCUCUCUAAUGUAUAUGUUUUCUGUUGAUGGCGAGAGUGACGGGGUCCUUGGGCUACCUGGCCGAGUUUUCAGGCAAAAGUUGCCAGAAUGGACUCCAAAUGUGCAGUAUUACUCCAGCAAAGAGUAUCCACGGCUUAGUCAUGCUCUGCAUUACAAUGUCCGUGGAACUUUAGCUUUGCCAGUGUUCGAACAUUCUGGGCAGUCUUGUGUUUGCGUCCUUGAGCUCAUAAUGAUGUCACCGAAGUUAAACUAUGCUCCUGAUGUUGAUAAAGUCUGCAAAGCACUUGAGGCAGUAGAUUUGAGAAGUUCGGAGAUAUUGGAUAAUCCAAAGAUUCCAAACAUACAGAUUUGCAAUGAAGGUCGCCAAAAUGCACUUGCUGAAAUUCUGGAGAUCUUGACAGUGGUGUGUGAAACUCACAAAUUUCCUCUGGCUCAGACAUGGGUUCCAUGCUGGCAUCGCAGUGUUCUGGCCAAUGGUGGUGGUCUAAAGAAGAUUUGCCGUAGCUUUGAUGGAAGCUGUAUGGGACAAGUCUGCAUGUCUACCAGUGAUGCAGUGUUCUAUGUUGUGGACGCUCACAUGUGGGGUUUCCGGGAGGCCUGUGCUGAACACCACUUGCAAAAGGGGCAGGGUGUUACUGGUAGAGCAUUUGAAUCCCGCAACUUGUGCUUUUGCAGAGAUGUUACACAGUUUUGCAAAACUGAGUACCCCUUGGUACAUUAUGCUCGCAUGUUUGGGUUAACCAGCUGUUUUCGCAGUAUGUUUACGAAGUACUUACACUGGAGAUGA